AUGGCAGACAAAGCUCCACAUCGAAUAUUAGUAGAAAGAACAUCGUGUGUCCUCUUCCAUUCCAUCUAUCCACCAGUGAAAGCAAUUGAUAAAAUGCAGAUAGACGAAAUGGUCGACCGAACUUCAUCAAAUAGCCCCAUCUCUGAGGACCACUCUGAGGUUUCACAGGAAGAUCGCAGUCCCAAUAAGUCGGGAACUGAGAAGACCCAGAGAUCAGUUGAGGAGCACCGCAAAUUGUACAAAUAUCUGCUUGCCAAACACAACACAAAGCUGCGCGAAUUCACAGAACUGGCCAACCUGGAGAAAAGCAUACGAAACUUGAUACAAUACCAUACGCUUCGGAACAACAGUCUUGUGGAUAUAAUAGAGUUCCUGGGAAAGACUGGUGAGACGAAUGUUCCUUCUGAGCUGACGCCCGAGGCAGAACACGCAAAGCUUGCUGCCAUUAUUUCGAGGAGGCCUCAAUUGAGCGAAACCCUUACAAAUAUCACAAAAAUUGAUAGUGAGCCUGAAAAUGUGCUUCUGAGAGAUACUCUGAAGGAUUCGCUGUACAUUUCCGAGUUGGCCAACCCCGUAUUCAAUCUCAAGUCUGUGGAGGAUGCUGGCUCGAUGGAUCUCGAAGAAAACAUCUACCGUCGGAUUCCACAAGACCUGGUGGUGGAAGAAGACUCAUUCUUAACCGAGACAGUGAGUGAUACCAAAGAUGAAAGUGACAACGCGAAGGACAAACCUGCUGAGCCCGCAAAGGUUGGUGUCAAAUAUGCUGACUUCGCUGAGUCCUUCCCCUUCUCUUCGACAAGAUACUUGAAGCAAUUGAGUCCACAAUUGUUUCACAGCGAGGACCCAGAUCAAAAGGCCCCAGAACUGGUUCCUGUGCUGCAAACCCGGAAGAGCGCUUCUUCGCAAGAGGUCCCCAAUCCUAGAAAGACCAAAAUUGAAGCUACUGAGUUCGGGAGCGCCAAAAAACGCAAAAUUGCUCAAAACUGA